UAUAUAGGACUGGUACUAAUUGAUUCAUGGGCUUUUGUGAUCAUGACGACGUUGGCGUAUUACAAAUUCUAGAGAGAGAAAGUAGGAGAGAGAAGGGUCAAAGCAGCAGCAGGAGCAGCGCAGCAGUUUGUAUUUGUAAUGAUUUCGGGAAGAAGAUCAGAAACUCGUGAUGAGAAUUUUUCUUUGCAGGGUUAGAAGCAGAUUAAGCAGUAGACCAAAGGAAUUUACAGACACCCUCUUUAGUUUCUUAUUUGCUCCUCUUUCUCUCGUGAUCUUCUCUUUCUCUCUCCUCACCUUUUCCUUCCUUAAUAUCAAAUACCCAUCUUUUCUUUUCCUUUCCUCUCUGCAUAUACUACUGUAGCUUUAAAACCUAGUAGACAGUUGAAGAAGUGUUGUGAUUGUGAAGAUAGAGAUAUAUACCCAUUUGGGUUUAAGUGGUUUUUUUGAAAGAUAAAUAUAUAUUGUUGUGUGUGUUAGUUAGAGAUUGAUAUAUAUAUAUAUAUAGAGAGAGAGAGAGAGAGAGAGGGAAAUGGGUAGUUGUGGAAGGAAUGGAGCUGUGAGGCAGUAUAUAAGAUCAAAAGUGCCUCGUUUGAGAUGGACUCCUGAUCUUCAUCACUGUUUUGUUCAUGCCAUCGAUAGGCUUGGUGGUCAAGAUAAGGCCACACCUAAGCUUGUUCUUCAGAUGAUGAAUGUGAGAGGACUCACCAUUUCUCAUGUCAAAAGCCACCUCCAGAUGUAUAGAAGCAUGAAGAGUGAUCUUACCAGACAAGAUAGGGGUUCCAUCCAAGAAAGAAAGCAACAAUCUUUUGAAGAUCAUGAUGAUGAUGGGUGUGUUGAUCAAGAAAUUGACCAUGUGGGUGGUAAUUACCAUCAUCCGUCAUCUUUGCUGCUGCAGCAGCCCAUUGAAGAAUCAGAAUCCAAGUUCAUUUACACUCCUCUCCCUACAAAAAGAGCUCGAAUCGAGACGAUGAGUUCCAUUUCAGAGAAGCAUCUGCAAUGCAGCCAAAGAAUAUGUGAGACAGUCGCAAAUCCGUACUGCUUUGAUGAUUAUAUGGGUGAGAAAAGUGAAGAAGAAGGAAUAAAGGAGGUGAUGGUGGAGACUACUGCCUUCAGAUGGCAGCAGCAGCAGCAGACCACCCAUGAAUUAGCAGCAGCAGCAGCUCCUCCAAUGUCCGCACAACAUCAUUUUUACAAGCUCAAAUAUCCCCUCCUUCAUCAAGUGGAACAAGAAUCUCAUUUCCUCCAGGCUGCUGAAGAAGAUAAAAGAUGUUCAUCAUCAAAGAGGUGCAGAUUUGAGAAUUACGGAAAUGGACACGCAGAGGAUGAAGAAGCUGGUGGUGGUUGUGGACUGUCAUUGUCACUCUCAUUGCAUCAUCCCUCCACACAAAGAAGUAAUGCAUCUUCAAUGAGUGAGAUCAGUGAGGCAAUCUCUUCAUAUUCUAGGUCUAACUUAAAUGACUGCUCUGGUUCAUCUCCGAAGCAUAGGGUUAACUUGGAUCUAUCUAUUGCUCUCUGUGGCACCUGAAUUUUCAUCUUAAAAAUUGUAUGUUUUUUUGGUAAAUUUCAUCAUUAUUAUGUUCUUCCGCAUGGUUUAGUUUUGUAUUCACUUUUGGGUUUAAAUUUUAUGAACUUAUCUAUCAAAAAUUUUUUUUUUUUCGUCAUA